AUGUCAGAAUACAACUUUCCAUUCACAACCCCCGUGGAGCCAUACAUAGACCCACACUACGUCUCAUCCAGCCCGGCACCUACCAUGAACGGCUCUUCUCCUUCUCUCAUGGACAUCAACCGUCCUACCUAUCAGGCCUUUCCCCCUUCUCCUUCCUCUUCAACUGGAUCCAACCGUGUGAGCAAAGCGAAAAAGGGCAAGCGUGUACAUGAGUGCGAGUUUCCCGGUUGCAGCAAGUCUAUUGAGGAAAACACCCAAAUCGAACCAAAGAGCACUCCAGGGUCCCCUUUAGCUGCCUGCUCAAACUGCUUUAGCUGCCAGAGCGGCAGUGGACCUUGCACAAAUAACCAGCCCAUGUAUUCCUACUCUAAUACGAGCCAGGAACCUCUCUCAAGUGCUCCUCUUAUUUCUCCACAAUGUGUGACCUCGCAAAUGCCCGCCGGUUUCGAGACUAUAAUCGAUCAGUACAUGCGCAGCGUUCUCAGGCCCGAUGCUUUCCUUGCAUCUUCCCAAUCGAUUCCACCGCAAUCAUCAGGCACGAUUAGUCCUUCCUACUGGUCACCAAGCAUUGACCCACAAUUGCCUCCUUUGCAUUCGAUGGUACGUGACAAAAGUGAUGCUUCCGGAAAGAGAAAGCAGAAUAAGUUCCCAGCUGACUCUUCUCUAGGUGUUUGA